GUAGGACAGUAGCUCUCCAGGAGCAGGGUUGGAGAUCUCUGCUUUAAAGAGUCCUGGGCAAACAGGUCUGCAGUGCAGAAGCUAACACCAUUGAAACUAUUUGCAAACAAAGCCACACUGAGGACAAAUGAUUUACCUUCAGCGUCACAGACUCAUUGGGUAGUUUUGCUUCCUUCAGCACUAAUCUGUUAAUCUGCCCUUAGUGCUUUGUUUACACUCGUUCGCUUUCAUUGAGACCCCUCAUGUCUUACACCAGUGCAGUAACACAUGUAGCCAGUAACUCAAACACCCUUGAAAAAGAAGUUUUCAGAGCCUCUGUGCUACUGUAUGCUAAUGGGCCGGCGUCUGCUGCUGGAAACUGCAGCUACAAGGCGCUUAUCGAACAUCUCGGCUUGGCCAAUGAUGACAUUCAGAUGACGUACCUGCGGCCCGUGGUUAAUUGGAGAACCCCUACCUCUGUUUAUACAGACCUGUAUGUGACCUCCAUCACAGAAGUGGAUGAAAAAGCCCAGAGCCUCUCAACACAAGUCACAAUUGCGCAUGGUUGGUACAGUGACUUCACUAAAUGGAAUCCAGAUGACUUCUGUGGAAUCAAAGUAUGUCCAAUUAAAAAGGAUAUGGUUUGGACUCCAGACAUCGUCAUCACUGAAAGCAUCAAGACCGAGUUUGCAACAAAGGAGAAUCAGUAUGUCCAGUUGCAGAAUCAAGGGGUUAUUGUAACAUCUAACACUUUUGCCGUGACCACGGCCUGCAAGAUGAACCUGCACAAGUUUCCCUUCGACGUCCAAAGCUGCUCUUUUACCCUUCAGUCUCCGAUCCAUUCAAGCGAGGAGCUCAUAAUCAGGCCGUUCUCUGGUGCAUCAUUCCUGACCCUCAGCUCCAAGCAGGCCUUUCAGACUCAGGGAGAGUGGGAAUUCCUCAGUAUAAACAUGUCUAAAGCCAAUGUCUCUACUCUAGGAGAACUACAGGAUCUGCUGAUAUAUAAGAUCACCAUGAAGAGGAGACCUUUACUGUAUGUCAUUAACUUUCUAAUGCCAGUAUUUUACUUCCUUAUUCUGGAUUUGGCCUCUUACUUCAUCGAUUCAAGUGGAGGAGAGAAGUUGGGUUUUAAAAUAACUCUGCUUCUGGCUAUUUCUGUGUUACUGCUGCUUCUUCAAGACAUGCUGCCCUCUACUGCCAGUGAUGUUCCCCUGAUUGGGGUUUAUUGUGUUGUCAUUUUCUCUCUCAUUGGCAUCAGCGUUCUGGAGACCAUUCUUGUGAAUUUUCUUAUGGCUAAAGGAAAUCGGACAGGUCCAGGAAGAACAACGGAAAGCUUAUCUGCUCUUUCUGAUGCUGUGAAGGACACGAAGGGCACUCCGGACUUAGUUACAGACCGACAUGAAGAGCAGCUGCCUGCGCUGGACGUUCUGAAGCAGAUCCUCGUGGAGUUUCAGGCUGCUGCUACUCAUCAGAACCAACAAGAGAGGAAAUGCCUGAGCUGGACCAGAGUGGCAACAAUAAUAGAUGUGACCUUCUACUUUCUGUAUGUAACCACAGUUAUUGUGUUUCUGAUAACGCUGUUCAGAUCUUGGUUCCUGGUAGCAGAUGUCCCCUAAUAGGCCUCUACAUGAGAUGGAAAGUCUUCUUUUGCAUGACUAGAUUAUGAUUAGCCAGUGUUGGUUUUCCAUUGUAGUUUAUGCACAUUAUACUAUAUAAGGCUGUGAUAUGUAAUUUGAUUUAAUUAUGAAUUUAAAUCCAUUACUAAUUAAAAAUGACAUGACAGAAAUUAUAGCAAUAGAAUUUGAGAGAUAACACAUUUUUGUUAACUUUAUCUGUCUACUUUCGAUUAUAUUUUAUAUUAUAUGUGACCUGUCUUUAGCUUCUUUAGACAUUGGUUGCAAUUUUAAGUGCAUUUAACAUAAGUGUCAUCUGGUCGUCAUACUUAAGUACUGUAAAAGUAAAGUUAACACUAGUUAACUACAUUAGUUAACAUGAACUAACAUGAAAAAUGU